CGUAACAGUAUUGAUUGGUCCACCAGUCUGCCAGUCAUUGUCUAGCUCUACUAUCACGCAAGUGACGCCCUAGUUUCUGCAGGUGCAACACUGGGUACGACUGCAACGGAGCUACAGAUAAAACAGACAAUUCACGAUGGCCUCAGCAACAGCCACCUAUGGACAGAAGGAGUCCUCCGACCAGAACUUCGACUACAUGUUCAAGAUCCUGAUCAUUGGCAACAGCAGUGUGGGUAAAACCUCCUUCCUGUUUCGCUAUGCUGAUGACUCCUUCACGCCGGCUUUCGUCAGCACGGUGGGCAUCGACUUCAAGGUGAAGACCAUCUACAGGAACGACAAAAGGAUAAAGCUGCAGAUCUGGAGGCCUAUGACAGCGGUGCCUGGAGAGGGAAGGGGCGGAGAGGAGCAGUAUCCGCAGUAUCGUUACACUGGCACGAGGAUACUGCCGGACAGGAGCGCUACAGGACCAUCACCACGGCCUACUACAGAGGAGCCAUGGGCUUCAUCCUCAUGUAUGACAUCACCAACGAGGACUCAUUCAACGCCGUGCAGGACUGGUCCACCCAGAUCAAGACGUACUCCUGGGACAACGCCCAGGUCCUGCUGGUGGGAAACAAGUGUGACAUGGAAGACGAGAGGGUGGUGGCAGCAGACAGGGGCCGGCAGCUCUCUGACCAACUGGGCUUUGAGUACUUUGAGUGCAGUGCCAAGGACAACAUCAACGUCAAGCAGACGUUUGAGCGGCUGGUGGACAUCAUCUGUGAGAAGAUGUCAGAGAGCUUAGACAACGCCGACCCCGCCGUCACAGGGGCCAAACAGGGGCCCCAGCUCACCGAGCAGCCCGAACGCCCCCACCAGGACUGUGCUUGCUAAACACCCACUACACACGUACCUCACACACCUGACCCCUCACACACCACUUCCUGCAGCCUCCUCAGCUGGUGGAAGAGGUCUGUGAUGGGUUUGUGUUUUAGAUGGAAGAGCCUGGCUGAAAACUCCGUUAUUCCAUAUUUCAGUCCCCCGUCCAUCCAUAGGUGUUUAGAGUCCAAAGUUCACAUUCUGACUCCCCUUACUGCGGCCUCGAACCUGAAGGGAUUUCAUGUAUUUUUUCGAAGGGCCACAUUGCUGAUUAUCUGUUUACUGUUGAUAGCUUUGUUUUUGUUUUUUCGAUGUCCUUGAUUAGCUGGUUAACAAUCAAAUUAAUUUAAGUGGCGUGAGUGAGGUAUGUUCUAAGUCCACAUUUUGGAUAACAAAUAUUUUUAUGAGAUUUGUUUUUUCAAACAUAUCUGACCAAAAUCCCAUGCAUAUCGGUUAUCAGUCAUGGUCAUUUCCUAAUAUUCUAUAAUUGCUGGAUUUAAGAAAGAUCUUUUUUUUUUUUUUAGCAAAUCUAGAAAAGUGUCUUUAAGUAGAAGAGUAUAUAUAAUGUUCAACUUCGUAAUAUAAUAAAUAUGCAUUUUAGAAUUCAAAAAUAUAUAAACAAAUGGUGUAAAAUUAUAAAAAAAUAUCUGUGCUUUGUGAGAGGUGCAUGCUGUUUUUUUGUUUUAGUUUUUUACCAUGGAACAUCUAAGAGCUGUUGGACACGUCCCGCUGAAUCAAACUGGCUUGUUUGUUUCGCAGUUUGGGUCUGUUGUGAACAACAGUUGAAAAUGUAUCUUCUUAUUCCUUGUCAGUGUGCAUCACUGCUAUUCUACAGCACAAUCGCCUCUUAUUCAUGUGUAUAACACGAGCGCACACACACAGUCAGGACAACACUGGGCUACUGCACCCAUAUACUACAACACUGACCAAUGUUAACAUCACGUUCCAAUCUCUUUCCCAUAGUCCGUUUGACUUUUUUAUUGAUUUUUUUUAAUUGAUUUUUUUGUUUUGUUUUUGCAUGUUCAACGUCAUGUUUGUGUGAUUUUGCUCUGUUUCAGUGUAGAGAUAAUUGCUUGUUGGUAUAUACAUGAGGAUAACGUAGUCAAUGAAAUGCACUGAGGCACAUGAAGGUAUUUCGUCAGUUAUGUCACGACCAUCUAUAUUUACACACAGUAUUAUGUCUUAUUUUUUAGAUGAGGUUCUUCAUAGAUUGUUUGCGGGCUGCGCUCUAUCAUGGUUGGAAAAAAGACUUAUCAGUAUUGUGUGGGGUGGUUGAUUUAAACCAGGCUGUCCUUUUUGAGAUUGUAUUGGGUUGACAUACUCCUGCCCGAAAACACUUACAUUCCACUGUAUGUUCUCCUGAUUAUAUGUACAAGCUGUUUCAAGGAACUGCUUUUACUUCCAUUUUCCAUGUUUCUAAACCAACUGAACCUUUUAGGGUGGGUGUAGUACCAGUGUGAAUACUGUAUUACUCUCAGAGAAAUACUGUGUCAUUGGCCAGCCUGGUUCUCCAAUAUUAACUACCAAAAAACCUGCUAAAGGUCAUGUCUGUUACAAAUACUGUUUGUGUUUAGUCUUAAGGCAGCUUUGCUUUAAUGUUUUUUCCAAAGACGUCCUAAUUAGACUACCAAGCCAAAAAUGACUCCCACUGGGACAAGACUUGUUUGACAUGUUUUUGGAGCUGCACUGAGUAAAAGGCCUGUAGCACUGUAGUACAAGAGAAGCAUUUGGUAUGUAUGCCUACUCCCUGUGGCAGUUUUCAAAAAGGGAGAAGUGUGUAAAGUAUAAUCCGUACUUUAUUUAACAUAGCAAGUCAGUUAAUAAAAAAUUAUUAUUUACAAUGAUGGCCUACCGGGGAAAAGUGGGUUAACUGACUUUUUCAGGGGCAGAAUGACAGAUUUUUACCUUGUCAGCUCGGGGAUUUGAUUAUUGGCCCAGCUCGGGAUUUGGUUACACGCCCAACGCUCUAGCCACUCUGCAACCUGCCGCCCCUAAUCACUUCCUAUUAAACAACUUUAGUUUGUUGAUUUUGUGUUUUGCUGUAAACUUGCCUCUGACUUAGGUAUGUGUCCAAUUCAGCUUUCUUAGCUCUCCGCCCUUCCUUCCCCCUGUAAAUAAGCAUUUUUUUUGUUGGGUUUUAGUCUUGAAUUGUGCUGUAAUACUGUAUCUCCAGGUUUGCUAAAACCAAGGAAUUAAUAAACAAAAUAUAAAAGCA